UGAAAGAACAGAGCUAAACCCAAAAACAGAAUCGUACCGAAUUGAACCGGGUUGGUUUGGUGAUGGAGGAAGGAUCAUCGUCGAUGCAGUCAAAGUACAAAGGAGUGAGGAAGAGGAAGUGGGGGAAAUGGGUUUCAGAGAUCAGACUUCCCAACAGCAGAGAACGUAUUUGGUUAGGCUCCUACGACUCUCCCGAGAAGGCGGCGCGUGCCUUCGACGCUGCUCUUUUCUGCCUCCGUGGCAACAAGGCCAACUUCAACUUCCCGGACAACCCUCCGGUUAUCUCCGGUGGAAGAAACAUGUCGCGGUCGGAGAUCAGAGAAGCGGCUGCGAGGUUUGCUAAAUCGGAAGAGACGGUACAGCAAGAGUCUUCUUCAACCUCGGCGGCUUCGUCUUUGAGGAUGGAUGUUGAUGGUUCGGAGUUUUUGAGUAUGCUUCCGACGGUUGGUUCGGGUAAUUUCGCUUCGGAUUACGGGUUGUUUCCCGGGUUUGAAGAUUUCUCUGAUGAGUAUUCUGGCGAGAGGUUUAGAGAAGAGCUUUCACCUACAAGGGAUUAUUAUCAAGGUGACGAGAGUUACGAUGUCUCGGCGGUGCAUCUUUGGAGUUUUUGAAUUUCUUCGCAUCCAGAAUUUUAGUUUUUUUUUUAUAACACUGAGCAAUGAACAAAGUUUGAAGACAAACAAAUGUGUAGGACUAAAAAACAUAAAAAUGAGAUGUCAGUAGACACCAUCAUAACAACAGAAGAAAAAAGAAGCAAGUUUUACCAACACCCUUACUCAUUUUGCCUCCAAAACUAGAAGGUGAACUAGCCAUGAUGGAGCGUUCCGAGCGAUGUACGACUGGUGGCGCCUAUCUCGAGUGACACUGAAAGCAAUGGCCGUUGCUGCUUCAUUACGCUCCGGAAGAGUAUGAUCGAGACUCCAUGAAUCUAUACGUGAUAGAAGCCAGAGAAUGUUGUGGCGGAUGUGGCUGAGGCUAGGGUGUGCAGUUGGAUUUGUCAUAGCGUCAUGUAAGCACUCCGAAGAAGUCUCAAAACUAAUGUUCGAGAAGUGUAGAUUGUGCAAACAUUCCACUGCCCAAAAAAGAGCCCAUAGGUCUGCCUCGAUCUUCGUGCGCAUGUAGGAAUAAGACCGACGGCUAUGCAUAAGCGUGGCUCCGUUUUCGUCGCGAAGAAUCCAUGAUGCACCACUCGGCUGAUUUGAGUCAAUCCAUGAGGAUCCCACAUUACAUUUUAGGGAUCCAUUAGGGGGUUUCCUCCAUCGAACCUUAUCUAUGACCAUAUCAUCCACUUGGUCUGACAAGCCCGUGAAUGUAUCAUACCAUGUUAGUUCUUCUUCAUAUGCCCUCCUAGCAAUAAAAGAAGAAUCUAAAACCUUAUUCUUAAAAACAAAAGAGUUCCGAGCUUUCCAUAUUUCCCAUAGUAACCAUGGGAAAACUUUUUGUGUAUGGAUAUCCAAAGAGGCGCUCCUUGCAAUUUUGAGUAAAUGGACAAAAUUUAAGAAUGUAGAAUUCCUAGAAAAACCUCCUAAAGGAACCGGAACAUUAGCUUGAUUCCAUAUGUCACGUGCUUUAACACAUGUGAAUAAAACAUGACAGAUAGUCUCGUCUUCAUUUCCGCAAAC